GAUAGAUCAUUUUCUAGGUUUGAAUUUUGAUCGCAAAUUAAAAACAAAUUUAUUCCAUAAAUCUAGGAAGUGGACGUUCCGUAUUAGGAAUUUGCAAUAUCAUCUGCCCGUGUAUACUUCGAAAGUAAAGUAAAAGAAUCGAGUGAGAGAGGACAGCGCGUUUAUUUCUAAUCAUUACCCAUGGGAAGUGAAAUUGAAGGUUCAACUGCGACGUCCAGGUAUUCAAGUUAUGACUGUGAUAUCGAGUCUCAUCUCAUACUGCUAUACCUGGAUCCAUUAUUCUUUGCCAUUGAUUCAGCACAUAAGUGACUGUGUGAGUGCUGUAGGCACAUCAUGGUCUGGGAACAUAGUUAAUGUGUUGUGGAACUGGACCGGGGGCUGGUUUCAGUGGACCCGCCAGUCCGACAUGGUGUUGAGGAAUGUUGAACAGAAAAUACUAUCAUGUGUAAAAACAGCGUACAACCGUUUCUACGUGGAUAUCGGCUCGGUGGUCGGUCAGAGCGACAAGCUAUGGACGAUAUCCCUCAACGAGAACUCCCCAAAAACCCCCCUGCUGAUGCUGCACGGCAUGGCGGCUGGGGUGGCGCUGUGGUGUCCCAACCUGGACGCUCUGGCCGCUGCGAGACCUGUGUACGCCAUUGAUCUGCUAGGUUUCGGUCGCAGUUCCCGACCUAAGUUUGCCUCCACUCCGGAGAAGGUGACCGCCCAGUGGGUGGAGUCUAUCGAGGAGUGGCGGCGCGAGCUCAAGCUGCAGGAGCUGGUGCUGCUGGGACACAGCCUGGGGGGCUACAUCGCGACAGCAUACGCCAUUAAAUACCCUGAGAGAGUCCGUCACCUGAUCCUGGCUGACCCGUGGGGCUUCGCGGAGAAGCCGGAGUCCAUGCCCGGGAAGUUCAAAGAGGUGCCGUGGUAUGUGCGCGGUAUAGCCACAAUGAUGCGUCCAUUCAACCCGUUGUUCGCGGUCCGCGCUGCCGGGCCGGCGGGCCGCUGGCUGGUGGGCGUCACCCGGCCCGACAUCCCCCGGAAAUACCGGACAUACGUGCCGGAAGCGGACGACGUCAUACCGGAGUAUAUAUACCAGUGCAACUCGCAGACACCUAGCGGCGAGAGCGCAUUCCACUCUCUCAUGACGGGUUUCGGUUGGGCGCGGAUACCGAUGUCGUCCCGCGCGAAAGAGCUGCCCGCGCGUCUGCCCGUCACCGUGCUGCGCGGCGCUCGCUCCUGGCUUAACAACGACACGGCCGGACAGAUCGCUGCUGUGAGACCCGGGGAGUCAUACACGUCGGAUCAGUUAAUAAACGGCGCGGGACAUCACGUGUACCUGGACAAACCGGAAACAUUCAACAAGCUCGUGAAUGAGGCGUGCGAGCGAGCAGACGCCGCUACCCCCGCCGCCAAGAGAGAUAACUCCACCCCCUCACAAGUUGACUCCACCUCAAAGAGCACAGACUCCGCCUCUUUAAAGAGCGCGGCUGACUCCGCCUCCUCACAGGCUGGUACCGCCCCGGAUUCCCCCACAUCCAAAUCUGACUCCACGACAAAACCUGAUCCGGUUGCGUCGUGAUAGCUGUUUAGUUUAUUCCAGAAGAGCAAGCUUUAAAGGCCCAAUGAAUAAACGAAGAAUAAGGGGCGUUUCCUUACAGGUACGAUCCUAGAAUUGUUAUAAGAUCCAAUAGAAUAAAUGCUUAGCAGGUACGCAAAUGAA